AUGGAUAAUAGCACACGCCAACUAUAUACAAAAGUUUUAAACACUGUUGACCGUUUUAAACAAAAUGUUGACGCAAUCUUUACAGCAAAAAUGAAUUGCGACAGCGAGCUCCUGCCUUCCUUACUUGCAAGGAACCGAGGGGUUUUAGUAGACUUAAAAAAAGCUGAAAGGAACCUAAAAAUUUCAAUUGAGUUCCAAAAAAGCCAAAAAUUGCAGUUAAUCAUUUACUCACUCCCCCCCCCUCCGUGAGUGAACAAAACAAUUUUGUUCACUCACGGAGGGGGUUAAUUGUUUUUUUUAAAAAAAUUUAUAUAUAAAUUUUAUAAAAAAUAUUUUUUUUUCGAAAAUUAAAAAAAAUCCUAAUUCGCAAAAAUUGGAAAGCAAAUAUUAAUUUAAUUAUAUAAAAUUUAUGUUUUAAAAAAGCAAUUUGUUUAAAAUUAAAUAGAAUUAGCUCUAGAUUUCAUUAUACUAAUUAUCAUUUAUAUAUCAAAAUUUUUUUCCAUAAAAAAUGUUUUCUAUUAAAAAAAAUUUUUGUUCACUCACAGAGGGUGGGUUUUGGGCAAAAAAUAGGGAUUUUUCUAAUGGUUUUGUUCACUCACGGAGGGGGGGGGGAGUCAGUAUUUAGUGGUCGUCUUCUGUCAUAAAAUGAAUAACCCUAAAACCUGCCCUUUAUGAUUUUUGGGAUAUUCUUAUAUCAGCAUUCUCAUCUAGCGGAGGCAAUCCGAAACUUUUACGCCCAACAAGUCGGCAGAAAACCUCAGGUGCCACAUUCUCUCGCAAUAGACUUGACUCCUGCAUAUAUUCCGCUUAAGAGUAGCCUUCCCUAGUGUGUCAAGUGGUGAACUCGCAUUUUUUUGGCCAGAAUGCAUUUAGCAUAUGCAAUAAGUCUGCUUGGCAUUGCAAAUAAGUAUACCAGAUAAAUUCAAUCUCAUCAUAAAAGAAGCCGAUUAAGAAAGGUCUUGGCAAGAAUACUUCUGUAAAUAGCCAUUUUAUUAUUAUAAUGGAGCCAAAAUCAGUCUGAAAAGGAGCUGACCAACUCGAUGAUGGAUCAGCUUCAUGCACUGGAGUACGAAAAAAAAGCACUCGAAAACGAAAUCAAAUUUUGUAAAGAAAAAGAAGACCAAGAGCUGAGGGAACUCGGGUAUGACGUAAAUGGAGAUUGAGAAGAAAUUGUUGAAAAGCUGUGGAAGGAACAUGAAGAAAGUGCAAGAAUGGCGGCAACAGAAGAAAGAGGCCUAGUUUGUGAAGGCUAUCGUUAUAGUUAUAUUACUUACAGAGAAGUUCGCUGUUAUUCUCAAGGACUACCUCCACUGUAACGCAUCCUUUAUCUGCUCUUCAGCGUACAUAACCUUUUAAAGGAUGUUUCUAUACAAAAGGGCCUGAAAUUGCUCUCCUGGUAGUUGGAUGACUUUUGUCACCGUGCCGUAUAUCAAAAACGGGAAAAUUCAAAAUUUCGAAUUUCAAGUCUACUUUCGGCUAAUAUUGAAAUCUGAAUAUUAGGAUUUUAUUUCUGGCUCCCUCAUGAGAAACAGUUUCGAUUUUCAAUAGAAUAUAUAGCUGACUCAGCUGGAAAAUCCAUUUCCGACUCUAGUCUACAAUUCCCUCUAAAGCAAAAACAUGAAUAAGUAUAAAACUUGCGGUCAGCUAGCUGGUUCGGCAAUUUAUUUGAAUGUAUAUAAUUUGUGAAAGUAAAAGCUUGGAUAAAGAAGCUGACGAAUUUGAAAAUGCUGAUGAAGCUACUGUUUCAAGCACUGUUCCGAAUUUAGAAUCAGUGCUUGAUUCUAUUUUAAACGAUGAGGAAACAGAAAAUGAUGGAGAGGACUCAGACCUAGAUUAA